AGAAUGGCACCCUCUUCCGGCGAGUUGUGGGGGCAUCCUUUGAUGCCCAAGAAGAUCUUGGUGGACUGUUUGUUGCCCAAUGGCGUGAUUAUUACGCUCCAAUGCUACCGUGAUAGUACGCUCGAUCAAAUCAAGUCGGAUUUGUGGGCUGAGGCCAAGAACUUUCCGCUCCAUCACAUUCUGCAAGAACCCAAUUCGUACAUUUUCGUGUCCAUCACGCAAGAUGCCGAGAAGGAGGAGUUCUACGACGAGAGUCGCCGAUUGUGCGACCUCCGCUUGUUUCAAUUGCUCCUCAAGUUGGUCGAGCCCAAAGGAAACAAGGAGGAGAAGAUGCUCAACUCCGAUAUCAGUAUCGCUUUGGGUGCGCCGCUCCAUGAGUUUGACGAGCUCAAACACCCGGAGACAUUCGAGUUUCGACGCCAUUUGGUGGAUAUCUGUCAACAAGCCGUGAGCAAACGUCAGGCCAAUCAGCCUGAGUCGGAAGCGCUCUACGCUUACCCGCCCGAGGUGGAGAACUCGUCCGAGUUGCCAGCCAGCAUGGUCAAGAAGUUGGUGGAUGAGAAGAUCAAAAUCGCUGUGUGGUUUCGAUCCCACAAUCGAGAGAAGCAGAAGUUCACCUUGGCUGUGGCUCAAAACGCCAAACCGGAUCAAAUUAUCCGAGAGAGCAUAUAUAAGCGGAUUCGAAAUUCGGAACAAUACAAGUCGCCUGAGGACAAGCUACAAGUGGUCAAGGACUAUCAGAAUACCUACUUGCUCAAGAUGGCUGGCUCGGAUCAAUAUUUCCUUCGAGACUGUCCCAUCUCGCAGUACAAGUACAUUCGCUCCUGUAUCGCCAAGAACGAUAUCCCCCAAUUGAUGCUCAUGCUCAAAGAAGCCGUGUACAACAGCUUAGUCAAGUAUGAAUUUCAUAUCCCAUCAUACAUUCGUCGAAAUCCCAAUUACAACCAGCUCCCCGAAUCCACCUCUAAGCUUUGGCACCUAGAUGAACACUUUAAAGUGAAGGUGCUCUCGGCUACCUACGUCAACGUCAAGGAGGCCGAUCAGAUCUAUGUGAGGUUAGGCAUCUACCACGGGACCGAGUCCCUGUGUUCGGUUCUUCAAACCAAGAGCGUCUCACACGCCCAGCCCCGAUGGGACGAGUGGGUGGUGUGCAAUGAUCUCCACACCUUAGAUCUGCCUAGAGCGGCCAAGCUCUGCGUGUCUAUUUGUGCUGUGAAGAAACGCAAGGGUAAGGAGGAGACUACCAUGUUGUGUUGGGGUAAUAUCUCCUUGUUCGAUUGGCGAAGUCUCCUCUUGCAAGGCAAAGUGUCCCUCAAUCUAUGGAAUGUGCCUCGUGGCAUGGAUGAUUUGUUGUACCCUUUGGGCACCCUCGGGUCGAAUCAUGUCCAAGAUUCCCCUUGUCUCGAGUUGGUUUUUCAAACCUUUCCCCACGAGGUCGAAUACCCCUCGCGGAGUGAUUUUGAUGACUAUGCUAAAUUUAUGAACAAAAUGGAGAUCAAUCCAGAAGCGAAGUUCAACGUGGCUUGCAAGAAACCCAAAGAACAGAUCACACUCCAGGAGAAAAAUCUUUUGAAAGAACUAGCGCGGCGAGAUCCCCUGGCCGAAAUCUCAGAACAAGACAAAAGCGCCCUUUGGGAUUUGCGCAAACAUUGUCUGGACAUUCCCGAAAUCCUCCCUCGCUUCCUAGACGCAAUGAAAUGGAACUCGCGUGAAGAGAUUACACAAGUGUAUUUGAUCUUGCAUGAGUGGAAGAACGUGCCUCCCCAUACGGCGUUAGAGCUGUUGGAUUGCAAGUACGCAGAUCCCGUGGUCCGGAAGAAGGCUGUUCAUUGGUUAGAAGAAAUGUCCGACGAAGAUUUGUCCCAAUACCUCCUUCAGCUCGUUCAAACCCUGAAGUACGAGCCGUACUUGAGUAACGCCUUGUCGGAUCUGUUACUUUCUCGGGCAUUGCUGAACCGAAAGAUUGGCCAUUUCUUCUUCUGGCAUCUCAAAGCCGAGCUCUACGAUCAAUCUCUAGUCAAUCGUUUUGGUCUGCUCCUCGAGGCCUAUUGUCGGGGUCUGGGCCCUCAUCUCAAGAAGCUCACCCGACAAGUGGAGGCUCUGGACAAACUGACCAAAUUGACCGACUCCUUGAAGGAUGGUUUUCAAGAUGUUAAGGACCGGAUGAGAUUCAUGGUCGAAAAAAUCAAGCAAGAUGACUACAUGGAGAGUCUAGAGUUUAUCAGCUCUCCAUUAGACAAUACUGUCACUCUCGGAGCGCUUGAAAUUGCGCAGUGCAAGGUCAUGGAUUCGGCUAAGAAGCCCUUGUGGUUAGUGUGGAAGAAUCCGGAUCCUUUGGCAGACGCCACCAACGAGUUUAAUGCUGUGAUCUUCAAGAACGGUGACGAUCUGCGCCAAGACAUGCUCACCCUGCAAGUUAUUCGCAUUUUGGAUCACAUAUGGCACACGGAAGGUUUGGACUUGCGAAUGACACCAUAUACGUGCCUAGCCACUGGUCAUCAAGUGGGCAUGAUCCAGGUAGUGAGGAAGGCCAAAACGGUCUACCAAAUUCAAAGAAAGGCCGGUAAAUUAGCUGCCAUUCAGGUGGAUUCUACCCAGCUAUUUAAAUGGAUUAAAGAGCACAACCGAGGAAAUGUGGAUCAAGCCAUCGAAACGUUCACCUUAAGUUGCGCAGGUUAUUGUGUGGCCACUUUCAUUCUUGGCAUUGGUGACCGACACCCCGACAACAUCAUGGUAAAUGAAGAUGGGCAGAUUUUUCAUAUCGACUUUGGUCAUUUCCUCGGACAUUUCAAGAAGAAGUUUGGCAUCAACCGAGAAAGGGUGCCAUUUGUGCUCACCGAGGAUUUUCUCGUGGUGAUAAGCAAAGGUCAAGAGAACCCCAAGAAGAGCGAAGAGUUCAUCAAGUUCCAGGAGCUCUGUGGUCAGGCGUAUUUGAAGUUGAGGCGCCACGCCAAUCUUCUCAUCACCCUGUUCACCAUGAUGCUUCCCACCGGAAUCACGGAGUUGCAGAGCACCAAUGAUGUGGGCUAUUUGAGAAAAACUCUGGCUGUCGAGAAGACGGAAGAGGAGGCCCUCGAAUACUUUCAAUCCAUGUUCUACCAUGCUUACGGAGGUGCAUGGACCACAAAAUUGGACUGGUUUUUCCACGGAAUCAGACACGGAGUCUGAUCGUCGUGUAGUGAUGUGAUUGGUGUCGGCUUUGGCUGAAUGCCAUUCCUUUUGCUCUUGCUCCUAGUGCUGCCGCUAAAAAUUAUCAUUUUAUCAAAGAUGAACUAAUCGAGUUAGUCCGAAACCCGCCGCCAUCAUCCCGUGGGGGCUUGUUCAGUAAUCGUGUGCGUUUUCGUCCUGAGGAAAACAUUUACCUGUUGAGAUUGAUUAUUUAAGCUCUUCAAAUGAACCAGUCGAGAACACGCUUUGUUUUUACAUGAAACUAAGAUUCAUUUAUUCAUUACUCUUCCAAUAAAGAACAACCGUUUCAAUUUUUCAA